CAUGUCACACUUAGGGAUUUAAACUGGAGGAAAACACACACGCACGCACAAUAUCUCUCAACCCUUGUCCUUUAUUAUUUUUUUUUAUCCACACAUACAAAAUAUCUCCGGUUUUUCGUGUCUGGUGCUACCUUUCGGUGGGUGAAUUUUGCAUAAUCCGACUUCCAAGAUGUUGUGGCAGCCAAAGGGAUGUUGUUGCUUCACACGAAGAACCGGAAGUCUCAUUCUGGCUUCGCUCUCCGUCAUUUGCGGCAUUUUUGGCAUCCUGAACCUCGUCAACAUAUACGCAAAUCAUGACCAGAAUGUGGACAGCGAAGUACUGAAGUUCUGCCGCGAGAACUUGCAAGCCGAGGACAUGGGUGCCUGCAGAGACAGCGCGAAACAUAUUGUUAUGUUGGGCGGGGCAACACUGAUGCUGCUCUACGUCAUCCAGGUGAUCAUCAGCUCGCUUCUCAUCCACGGCGUCUCUAAGAAUGACCCCUGCCUCAUGGUGCCCUACAUGAUCCUCCGCCUCAUUUACGUCAUCCUGGCCAUCACAGGCGGCGCCGCGCUCUGCAUUGCGCUCAUCGUCGUCGGCGAUAUCAGCUCCAUGGCCAUCGUGGCUGCUAUAGCCUUUGGGUACAUUUUCCUGGAGACGUAUUUCCUGCUGGUGGUUCGUGCGCAUUAUCUGCAGAUGAGAAAGGAGAGUGGAUACGACCACGUGGAACUGGAGGAGGAAUGUCCCGCAACUCCAAAGCGCGUCGGCAAACACGCAGAUUGAAGUUCUCGAGACUAAUCAGCGUUUUUUUUUAUGAAGCAUAAUCUCUUUUAGUGUACUGAUGCAUUCUUGUUUCUGCAGUCCCGUGCUUUAUAUUGCUGCGCCUUUAGGUGUGAUUGUUAUAUUUAAAAUAAAGCCAUAUAGCUUGUAUACGUUGCAGAAACUGCGCCAUACCUUUUAUAAAUAAAUAAAACUUCCAUUUCAA